GUCGUAAAUGAGGCUGCAAAGGACCUUCUCGAGCCUCCCUUACAAACAAACCACUACUCAGGGUAGCCACCGAGUACAGGCCUCGUGGAAGGGCUGAGAAAACAUGUGUCGCAUCUGUGGGCGCAUGAUAAAAUGCAUCUUUGAUUCAAUGCCAUCGAGGGCACUCUCCGGCACUACCACAAGAACCGUGCGACGACCUCAACAGACUCGCUCACACCACGUCUCAUCGCGGUCUCUCCUCCAAAGCGCAUUGAACCUCUCAUCGAAACCUAGUCGACCAGCGGCUUUCCUCCUCCCCUUCCACUCCCGUGGCCUCCACCAAGCAGCGACCCAACAGUCCGGCAGCCCAUCGCACGACUUCCACAACACCCAAGCCGAAAUCCCUCCGACCACCCUCCUCGACGGCCCAGGCAAUGUCUCAACAUCAUCAACGUUCGAAUCGCCUCAACCACCCUCGACAACAGUCCUGACACCCAGCUCAAGCUCAACACACUCUCUAAGCCGCCCGCUCGUGCUCUCACACUCCCUGCAAACCCUCCUCCCACGCCUCACCGCUCAAAAGCCACACUACAUAGUCUCUCACAUCCACCGCUUCCCUUACCUCCUGACCGAGGGCGACAUACUACGGCUCCCAUUCCACAUGCACGGCGUCUCCCCAGGCGACGUGUUGCGCUUCAACCGUGCCAGCAUCCUGGGCAGCCGGGACUACACGCUCAAAGCCGGCGCGAAGAACACAGAGUCCUACGACGCCAAGCGCACCGGCGAGCCGCAAUACAUCGACGAGCGGCUGUUCGAGUGCCGCAUGCGCGUCAUGGGUUUGGAGACCAACCCGAUGAUGGACAAGGAGAAAAAGAAGCGCCGCAAUCGACACAAAAAGGUCGUCCACUCGAAGCACAAAUACACGGUGCUCAGGGUCAUGCAGAUCAAGGUCAAAAACAUCGACGAGUUGAAGACGGAGAAGGGGAUGCUGGUGCUUGAAGGGCCCGAAGGGGACCAUCAGCAGCAGACUGUAUAACUGCUACCGCGUACAAGACAUUGACAAUGGUCAGGAGCUCAAAUUCUGUCCGGACGAACGAGUUUGAAUAUACUCCGUAUACGACAAUGAGAUUGGGUCCGACCACCAUACAGAAAUCCUGCUGAAUACACGGCAAACAGUCCUGCGCCGAACUGGUGAGAGAAGGACGCUUUAUAACACACCGCAAAACUUAUCUUCAAAACCAAAAGACGUAGUAUCCGGACAUGAUAGGAAAUAACAAAUAACCCCAUGUGCUGCUUGA